CUUUGUCGAAAUCAUUAUUUGCUGGUUCAAGAAUACAAAGCAUUGUUUUCUUUUGUCUGCAGGAAGAAAACGAAUCAAGUAUAUUUUUUAAAAUAAUACUGGGAUUUUCAUUUAAAAAUUAUUAGUAAAUACUGUAUAAGAAAGGUUUUUCGAGAAGGUCGACUAGUUACUAUGAGUUCUUCGGAGACUUCCAUUUGUAGUAUUUAUGAGAAAAAAUCAGUGGAAGAUAAAGAUACUGUGGGGUUUCCUAUAGGAGAUUCUUUGGAUGUUAAUUUAAAACGACUGCAAGAGCUAUCCUCUACUUUGAACAGAAAAUCCCUUAAUCAAAAACAUAAUAUAAAGCAGAAAGGAGAUCAUAAUUCGGAAGAAAACGAAAAUAAGGAAGAUAAAAAUGAAAUGCUUUUAUCUAAUGAGGCAACUUUAGGACAAAGUAAAUCUAAGAAAACUUUAGAAAAACCAAAAAACCACUACGGACGAUUAGGAGAACAUCUAAAGGAAUUAUGGAUACAACAAAAUAUGUCUGACGUCGUUCUAAGAGUGAAUAAAAAACUCUUUACAGCACACAAAUCGGUUUUGACUUGUUAUUGUCCUUUCCUGAAAAGACAUCUUCUUGCUAGAGGAAGACAGGGCAUUCAAGGGAUCGAUUUGCAAAAUGUAGAUCCCGACUCUUUCGAAAUUCUUCUCAAUUACAUGUACACGGGCCAAUUAAAUAUAUCUUGUCAGAAUUUAGUCGACGUUUAUAAUGCUUCACGUAGCCUAGAAAUGGAAGACGUCUCCGAACAUUGUAUCAAGAUGCUGAUUAACCAGAACGAUAAUAUCUCUAGCAAGUUGUUUCUUUAUGCCACAGCCAAAAAAUUGGGAAUUCAAAAGGUUUCCCAGAGGGCUUACAAGGCUAUACUGUAUAAGUUCGAUGAAGUAUCGGGUACAAAUGAAUUUCUCGAUUUAGACGUAGAACAGUUGUGCGAAAUUCUUAACUCUGAUCAAAUAAGAACUCAUAGCGAAAUAAAUGUAUUUCUGUCUUCGCUAAAUUGGCUCAAUUAUAAAUUCAUCGAAAGAGAAAAACACAUUGUAAGAGUGAUGAGUUGUGUACGAUUUCCAUUGAUGACAAUGGAAGAAGUCCUGUCUUGUUAUCAUCCCCCAAUUUUGCCUGGAAUCGUGGAAUUUCCGGAAGUAGAAAACAUGCUGUUGAAGGCUACUUGCUUUAUCGCGGCCAGAACAGAAGGAAGAGAAACAAAAUUCCACGAAUUUUCGUGUCCACCUCGCGUUUUUACUUGCCGUUCGCAAAACACCGAGAAGAAAAUCAAGAGAAAAUUGCAAGGCACAGUUAAAAAAUCUGUAAAAAUCAGGAACGUUAUUGAAGUACAAAGCUUUCUUCGUGCUUAUUUUGCCAAGAAAAAGUUAAAAGAACAAAUGACGCAACGUGAAUUUGCUGCCCUUAUUGUUCAAUCUUAUCGUAGAGGAUCCACGACAAGAAAGAAAUGGAGACCGUUUUUAGGAAAAACAGAAAUUCCGGGAGAGAAAAUAAAUCAAAUGGAAGGACCCCUUUGUGAUCCAUGUCUUCACGUCUUAUUACAACAUCCGUCAUCCACCACCUUAAACAGCAUUGAUUCAUCUUCAACUGAUAAUAGUUGCAUUAACAUCCCUAGAGUUUACGGUGAGCUGAAAUUACCAAAUACAUCCGUUAUUCUGGCAAUCGGAGGUAUAAAUCCAAGCAGAGAAGAAGAGAUUGCUAAAGGAAUUAUUAUUCUUCGCUACGAUCCAAUAGAGAACAUUUGGGAGCAAUGGGAUAAAAUGCCGAUUCAUCGUCACCAUCACUGUACUGUAAUGUUUGAGGACAAGCUUUAUAUUAUCGGAGGAUGUGAUGCCAGAGAUACAAUGUUGAGAUAUUUGGUGCCCUGUAGAAGUUGUUUUAGGUAUGAUUUGAAGGACAACGAAUGGAAUAGAAUUGCUGAUAUGAAGCAUGCCCGUUUAUACCACGGGGCAGCCGAAAUCGAUGGAAAAAUAUACGUAGUGGGAGGAAAAGACGACAAUGGAAAACUUCUUUCUUCUGUCGAAUGUUACACACCAGCUGCCGAUUGCUGGACAGAACUACAGUCCUCUCUAUGCUGUGCCCGCAUGGCCAUGGGCAUUGCGGUUCACAAAGAUCUUCUCUGGAUUGUAGGCGGAAUAAUGCAACCGACUGAAGAAUCCAAGCCUUUUAUCAACAAAGACGUUGAAUGUUUCGAUCCCAUUUGUCAAUGUUGGUUAUCGGGUAUAUCGAGACUACCUACACCUCGUAGUUUCGCCACACUCGUUCAAUGUCAAGACCUGUUGUACGCUAUCGGCGGAACAUCUCGAAAUUAUUCGUCUAGCGAGUCCUCUUUAGAGAGUAUCGAUGAAGUACACGUCUUUGAUGAUGUCAAAAAUCAAUGGACACUUUCAAGUAGUCUGUCGUAUCCCCGACAUAACGUUUCGGCAACAACUUUAAAUGAUAAGAUAUAUAUUUUGGGCGGAGUCUCUACCAUGCAAGCGGAUCCUCUGAGGGAAUGUUGCGUUUACGAUACAUCUACCAACACUUGGAUAGAAUGUGCUCCUUUGCCAGUUCCUCUGUCCGGACUUUCUGCUGUCGUCUUAUAUCCAUCGGAAGACUAAAAUUUUUCAAAUAUAUAACGAUAAUUUAAAAUUUACUAGAUUGAUUUUAACUAAAAUAAAAUUUUAAUUCAAUUGAAGCGGUAUUAUAUUAAAAGUUCAAAUCAUUAAAAU